AUGGAACUACAUCGAAUUGGGCGCCUGUUACAUCUGGUGUGCCGCGCAAGGCAAUCUCCUGGGCCAUGUUCUGUUUGUGAUAUUCAUAAACAACGUUCCCCGACAUAUUACCCAGACGAGACAUUGGCAGAUUUGUAUGGAGAUGACACUAAACUGUACAAGUCCAUCACAUCAUUAGGUGAUUGUGAAAAUUUGAAACAUGCUUUAGAAGAUCUUGACUGCUGGAGCCUUGACAGCAACCUCGAUUUUAACGAGUGUAUAAGUGUAAGGUGUUGACAAUCACAAGAAAAACAUUCCCGCUAACGUGUUCCCAAUAUAUUCCCGCUGACGUGUUCCCCGACAUAUUACCCAGACGAGACAUUGGCAGAUUUGUAUGGAGAUGACACUAAACUGUACAAGUCCAUCACAUCAGUAGGUGAUUAUGAAAAUUUGAAACAUGCUUUAGCAGAUCUUGACUGCUGGAGCCUGGACAACAACCGCGAUUUUAACGAGUGUAUAAGUGCAAGGUGUUGACAAUCACAAAAAAAAAACAUACCCGCUGACGUAUGUAUAUCAUACAGACUCAAAGAACAUACUCCUAAUUACCCCAAAUGAAGAUCUUUAUGUCGUUGAACUUACUGUCGGGUUUGAAUCUAAUCUCCAUAAUAACGUUGAACGCAAAAAAGCUAAAUACAAAGAUCUAAUUGAAGAUCAAAGGGGUCACUUCAAUUCUGUUAAAUUUGUAAACCUAUCAAUGAGCUCUCUCGGUGUGUUUGACAAAAAAUGCUUCACCUUUUUGUUGCAUGCCAUAUAUGGCAUGCAACUUUCAUAUAGCUCUAAAUUUCGUGUCGCGGUGGCGGUGAGCGGUGAGCGUACCGGUCACGUGGCAAAUUUGUAAAAUGCGACAAAUACCGAGCUUUUCCGACGAACAUUUACGAACAUUUAUAAGCAUAAUUAUCUCUGCAAAUUAUAAAUUCGAAGUGAUUAUAUGACCAGCAGCCGGUCACGGUUUAUCAAAUACUAAAUGGCCGGCAGUCUAGUGACUAUUGUUAAAGUUGAAUUUUUAUAAGAUAAACCUAUCCCCAACCCCAAACCCUUUUCUAACCCUAACUCCUAACCCCUAACCCUAACCUUUUGAGAGUUAGAAAAGUCGGAAAAAAAAGUUUAAAUAUUUUAAGAAAAAACAAUGCUAAGUCAGACAAAACACAUCCCGACCCCGACUGCGUUUAACUUUACGCACGCAGCGCCCUUGGCCUUGCCGUAUGAGCUAAUGGCAAGCUCGGUAAAAGUUAACGCAAACAAAAGUUUUUAUAUUCAACUAUGGGGCCAUUCACAAAGGAUGUCCGAGCCGAGGGGGGGGGAGGGGGGUUUGGAAAAUCAGGACAAACUCGGACAUAGGGGGGGGGGGGGGGGUUAGCAAUCCGGAUGUCCGAAAUUUAAAAAAAUUCAAAAACAAAUUUCUUUUUCCCUCUAUUUUGAGCAGUCCUUCCCAUUGUGAAAUUGGCAUUUUGACUAUGCGGUUAACACUAGAUUUUGUUUUAAUUAGUAAUUUAUAUGUUUUUGUGUACACAUUUACAGUUAUAAAAAAGUUCUAAAAGUAAAAGUUUUUUACUCUUGAUAUAUACAAGGUUGCGUGAGUUUUUGCGAGGCAUGGCGGAUGUCCGGGGGGAGGGGGGUCACUAAUUCGGACAAUGCCCGACAAGGGGGGGAGGGGGGGGUCUGAAAAUCCAUCAUUUGGCCGGACAUCCUUUGUGAAUGGCCCCUUAAUGCUUCCAGCCAAGAGUGCAGUCAAUCUAAAUAAAAUGUACGUAAAUUGUAUGGCGUGAUAUUUCUUUAUAAUAGAUAAACCAAGCGAAAGUUUGAAGGCAGAAUUUUUGUCAAUUAUUGAAGUCAUGAAAAGACUACCUGUACAUAAUGGAGUAACUAAUUUGUUAGGAUGUAUUACAAAAGAAGGUAAUCUAGUCCAAUCUUUUGUCUAAUAGUUUAGGAAUUUAAGGCGUGGGGAAUGUUAGUUUUCGAUGGAUAUACAGUAGAUACUUCGUACGUCAGAAAUACGAGCAUUUAUAAAUAUGGCGUUUCAUGAUCAAGUUACAGCCUAUCGCCAGGACUAUAUUUAACACCAUUUUGUAACAGAACUGCUUGCUCACGUAAAAUUUCUGUCCUCUUCUCUGAUCAAAGAUUUUAAAUUUGUGUGAUACCGGAAACAAAGAAAACCGAAUUCAAUAAUUAUUUAAAACCGAAUUCCGUGAAAACCGUUAUGUGAAUUAUUAUAUCGGUGAAACCGAAUUAUGCGAAUUAUGUGAUCGUGAAUUAUGUGAAAACCGAUUCAAUAAUUAUUUUAUUAUUUAUUUAAAAGAUGUAAAAGACACCACACCGAUGCGUUAAAAUUCUUCAAAAUAAAGACAAGUCAUUUCGUCAUGCAAAAUGCAUGUCCCUUUCUUUGACACAUUUGUCAAAAAAUAUUUCAGCGCCUUUCCCAAAGUCUGUAAGAGGCCGAAGAAGAAGGCAUUUCGUUUCCAUUAAUCUUUUCUUGGUUAUAUAUCGUCAUGUUUCGUGCACGAAUAUAUUUCUUUUUCAUCCUGGCCCCAAUCACAACCCUAUAUCCAUGAACCUAAUCCUAUUGUGCGCAAAGCAUAACGAUAUUAUACAUUAACCCUUUAUUAUCAUGUAUAACCUUUUCUUCAUAUUGAAACCGUUUUUACUCAUAUUUCAUCAUUCGUGUGAUAACUCCAUAUUUGGUAAGCCAUUCAGUUGAUAGUUUGUUAGUCUGUCAGUUUGAUCGGAAUCAUAAGUAUGUCUUCGCCCUUGUGUGCAGGGUACCGCACCCCAGUACUACAUGUAUGUCUGUUUUUAAAACUUGGCCAAAGGUUAUUAGAAAAUCUGGUUUACAUACUGGUUUCACCAGUGGGGGAGCAAAUACAGUAGCAUAUACAAACGGUUACUAAAUAUUCUGACAUAGUACUGUUGUCAAAACUAGACACAAAUUUCUUAUAUAUAUAUAUAUUGUUAGGUCCCAUAACAAUCAUCCAAGAGUACGUACCAUGUGGUGAUCUGUUGGGAUACAUGAGAACAAGUCGGGGUCUACAUGAUCAGUAUUACAUGGCAGAAAAAGCACGUGUGAACGACCUUAGUUCUGCUGAACUUAUGUCAUUUGCUGAACAAAUUGCAUCAGCAAUGGCUCACUUAGAGCGUUACAAUGUGAGUAACCAUCUUUUCAUAUAGCGUCCAUACGAUACAGUACGACAUGACUUUGUAUGCCUUUCAGAAGAGCCGUCGCAGAGGGGGAAGGGGUGACACCCUUUGAAAACAAGUUGUCGCCGGGAAAAUGAAGAAUUGUCGGCGAACUUUGACUUUCCCCCCCCCAAUCAACAAAUGAAGUGGUAUAUGAUAUUAUACCUUGUUUGUUGUCCUCAGCAGUCUAGGAAUAGUAAUAAACCAUUUCCGAAUUGUGUUCCGAUUGUCAAUAGCAAUACCACCAAGGCGGGGCUUAGUGCUAUAGAAACAUUACAAUUUAGCACGAAUCCUCGAUCUCACGCUGUUGUCUGUGGGCAUUCCACCAUAAUUUGGAAAUGACGUUUGGAGUGGUACGAUAAACUAGGGUUCGAUUCCAUAUUGGAACUCCAUUUGGACACUUAUUACUUCACACACUGUCUGUUUUUUAAAGAAAACAAAAAUCUAAAUUAAGGUAUGCGCGAGAGUAUAAAUGAUAUAGAUAUCCUGAUAUACUGUCAACUUUUGCAUAAUUUUAAGGUAAUCCACGGUGAUCUAGCCGCCAGAAAUGUUCUGGUAGGUCGGCAGGGUCUUUGCAAACUGGCAGGAAUCGGUGAACAACCUCUGGUGUUCGACAAGGAUACAUAUGCUACCAGGAAAAAGGUAUCAGUGCGUAAAAAUAUAAAUACUAACAACACUCAUCUGUAUCAAUCCUGGUGAAACCAGGUCUAUACUAGAGUAUAGGGGGUUUCCCAAAAAAUAUCCCCUUCGCUAAACCCUUUGCUACCAACAAUUUAUCAACCCUGGAUAUAGCAAUGGCACUUAUUUUAGUACGGCGUGGUUAAAACUACGCGGUCUGGUAGAAAAUCACGCAAAUCUGUCUACAGCGAGCAUAAAACGUGCAAAACGAUACUGGGAAAUUUCCUAUGGAAAUUUCUAAUAUGCCAGUGCGCCCGUCACAGCGGCGACGUAGCAAUUUUCCGUUUCGUAAACCGCCUGGCUCAAGCUAUAGGGCCCAAAUCAAUUAGGGGGCCCUGAGCAAGAAUGACAAAGUGGCCAAGUUGAUAUAUUUCAGCAAAUUUUACAUAUUCGUAGCUGCCCCGCCCAUCAAUCGAAAGAAUGGAUGAACAAAAUGAAAACAUGUUUACAUUCACCAUAGGAUCGUUUGGUAGUUAAGUGGGCGGCUGUUGAAGUUGUGAUUGAUAAAAUCAGAACUAUUCAAAGCGAUGUGUAAGUAUUUCUUUUAGUUUUCUGAAUAUAGGACAUGUUUUUCAAGUGAACUUUAUGAAAACUUGGUUCCUACAGUUCUAAUUGCACGGAGGUCUCAUGUAUUUUAAAGUUUAUCUUAACCGUUACAUUAAUUGACAGUUAAUUAAUUUCCUGUAUUAGCUAUAGGUAUUUUAAGAACACCAUAACUAAGAUGGCAUCGAUUGUAAAGAUAAUAUACAAUUCAAUUUCAAUUAUUUGUAACGUAAUAUAACGAAUUACAGCAAUUAGCCAUUUCCCAAUCGAGCAGAGGACUGGGUCUAGUCGCUUGUUUGGAGGGACAAGAAAUAAACAAUAUACCGCCAAAAAUAAACAAUAUGCCGAAUAUGGCAUCUAGGACGUUUUCCUACAUUCCUAAAGUUAUUUGUGCAGCCUGAAACGCAACAAUUAUAAUAAGGCAUCUUUUAAUAUAUAUUUAGCUCGCUCACUAUAACUUGUUGUCCAUCCAAACGUCCCUCCAAACAUCAACUAGAUCCAGUCCUCUGCUCGAUUGGGAAAUGGCUAAAUAGAGAAUAAUACAUGGGUGUGCGGAAAUACCAGAUUUAUUUCGAGUGUUGAACAUGAUAUCUCACGAGUGAGCGCAGCGAACGAGUGAGAUAUCAUGUUCAACACGAGAAAUAAAUCUGAUAUUUCCAAGCACCCAUGUAUUUUUCUGUUUAUUAUAUAAACAAAAUUCAGUGAAAAACAAUAAAACGUCCGUGGCAAUGCGUUUUACAACAAAUGAUAUUUUCACACGUAAAAAUAUCGUAUUUUUUACGUGUGUUCAAAUACGAUUUUUCUCAGUGGCCAAAAACUCUAUAUAACACUUAUGUUUAUAUAAUAAUUGGUAUUAUAUAAUACCUAAUUGAAUUCUGAUAGUUUAAUUGGCUGUUUAUGGUCACGUGAUACUGAAUAGAACAUUCCAUUUCCCAAGAGUGCAAUGGAACACGUUCCAUUGCACUCUCUGCGAGUGCAAUGGAAUAAAACGUAUAGUACAAUUGCACUCUUUGUGUUUUUGAUAAAUCGCAUCCCUCAAAAUGCUUCUCAUACGAAAAUAUUAGUCUAUUUUGGUAUUAUAUAAAACAAAUAAUGAAUGUUUUUUCGUGCAUUGGUAAGAAUAUUUUCAUUCGGUGAAAGAUGGAAUGUUCCAUUCAACUCGGCUGUCGCCUCGUUGAAUGGAACAUUCCAUCUUUCACCUCAUGAAAAUAUUCUUACCAUUGCACUCAUAAACAUUCAUUAUUUGUAUAUUAGUCGAAACUGGUCGAUUGAACUGAAAACAUUCCCAUAAUUAAAAAUAUAAUUAUUGCAUUGUUGUCAAGGUGGAGUUUUGGAAUACUACUCUAUGAAAUUGCAACAGUGGGUAUGUAUAUUUACAGCUAACCAUAUAUAAUAAUCUUCGGCAAUGUCAUAGAGUAUAGCUUUACAUAAAGACACUGCAUGUUUACAUUAUCCUUACCUUUUCUUGUUAAGGUGGUUCUCCAUAUGUUGGAAAAGAUGAGAACUGGUUAUUAGAUAUGCUCAAAGAUGAUUAUAGAAUGCCUUGUCCUGAUCAUGUCAGUGAAGAUUUGUAAGUUCAAAUAUUCAUUAACUAUCAUGGCCACGCGAUAUAUAACCCAGUCUCAAAGCAUAACGACUAUAUAUUGUGGUGCAGUGGAAUAUAUACAUACAACUAAUAUAACAAAUACACCAACAUUUUCCAUUGUCCCUAUCACUCUAUCAUUCUUUCUUAUAGUCAAUCAGUAAACAUGUGUGUUUCCGCAGCCAAUAAAUAGUAUUUUCAGCCAAUAAAUAUAACCUUGAACUCAAGCUCGGUCAUAUUUCGAGAAAACCUAUAUAAACGGUAUUACCUUGUUGAAAUACAUAAAUUGUUAGAACGUACGAUCCAAUGGUUAGAAUGUCUGCCCGGUUAUCAGAAGUUUACUCACGUGGUUUGAUUCCCGCCAUGCCGGGCUCAGAUGUUUUUCGAUAGGCUCGAUAGUCGAUACGUAACUGCACCCCAAAUUAUACAUAAAAUAGUUAAUCUUUUUGUACUAUUUACAACACGAGCGGCUGUGUUGGAUCGAGCUGAAGACGAGAAUUUGUAUAUCCGAUACAACACGAACGCGAAUGUUAUGAAUGGCUUGUAAAACGUCUUGAUGAGAACAUUCGUAUUCUUCAACAAUUUAAAAUAAAUGAAUGACAUUUGGUGAGAAAUAAAAUUGAACUUAAACUUUAUGUCAUUCAGCAUAGUCUAGGACCUGUAUAUGAGUUUGUAUGCGAUUCAUUUAGGACAGGUAAUCUCAACUGUUUUAGGGUAAAAUGACCAUGGCGGUCAACAUGGCAUAUGUGCGAAAACCUGAAUCCGGGGCGAAAGUCCUGAAAAUGACCCGCCCUGAAAUGGCAGUGUUGACAUAGCUCUAACUUCAGAAAAGGAAAAGCGAUAGCCUUUCUGAAGUGCUUAUAGUGUUUAGAAGGGUUGCUUUUAGGGGUGGUCAUUGGAAGGAAAAAUUUGUCGAAGUAUAAUAUUUUACCAGAAAAUGACUAUGCACCACCCCAGGUAAAUUGCUGAUUAUGCACAAAAUAACUAAUAUGCCUGGCAGAAAUUAAAUAUUCUUAUUUCCUAAAAAAAAUUAUCAUGGGGUGAAAAACUACGCUUAAUUUAAUCUUUAAUCUUUAAUAAAAUUAUUUAAACACGGUAGCCUGUUCAGCAGAUAAUAUUUACAGCGCUGGUUUUCAAAGGGCCGUGUGUUUACAACAAUAAUAUAAAAAGGACAAAAAGAAUAUAACUAUUUACAAUGAAUUGAUACGGAUGAAUUAAGUAAUUGCCGUUUAAACGGCAAAGUUGAAAGAUUGUUAUAAUUUUCAAUAGUUUCACUUGGAAGUUCGUUCCAGGACUUAGCAGCUCUAUACGAGAAACUUCGUUUGAGAAAAUUUGUCUUAGGUUUGGGUAGGUUCAAUUUAAUUUGAUUGCUUCUUAGAUUGUAAUUGUCAUUUUGACUUACUGAAAACAAUUUUUCAAGGUAUCGAGGUAAUCGACCAGUUAGUACUUUAAAUGUCAUUAUUAACUGUCGUUGUUUUAGAAGUUCUUCUAUUGGAAGCCAAUUAAGACUAUCUAGCGUUUGCAUGGAACGAACCUCAUAUGUGUCCCCUGUUAUCACACGCGCUGCUCUCUUCUGCAUAAAUAUUGUUGAUUUCAUAAGGAUUGUCAUUGUUUUCUUUAAAUAUAAUACAUUUUAUUUCACUUACCCCCCACGAAAACACGAUUUCAGCCAUAUUUUGCCGUCUUGUUUGCUUUUUGUCGCCGAAUCUCGCAAAUAUCAUCCAGUUAUUGUACUUUUACAUAAUCAUAAAUGGCUGAAGAAGAUUUCAAAGAAGGUUUCAUCCACUUUUGUAACAGUGCAGUGUAUUUUACCUUCGAUAUUGUGUCCUUCGAUAUUCCGACAAAUUGCCGCCAUUUUAAUGGCUCGCCGCUUCUCUGUCUGAUAAAUGCAACUUCUUCGUUUCCAUAUGUAUUUAGAUUACAGUAUCCAAGAGUACUUCAUUGUAGAAUAGUCCCAAUCCAAAAAUUGGCAACAUUUGUCCCAUUAGGAAGGAAAAAUCCUCCCGUAUACCAUUUAGGUUCAAAAUAAAAAACAAAUCAUUUGAAAGUCACGCGCAAUCUUCGCGAAAAGUUCUCGUGGACACAUGACAGGGGGGGUUGAAUAUUUUCACGAAUAUGUUCGCCACCACAGAAACAUAACUAAAUAUAUUGUAUUUAUUGUAUUUUUAUGAUUUAUAAUAAAAACAAUAAAUAUUUGCGUAGUUUUGUCAUAAAUCAUAAAAAUACAAUAAAUACAGUAUAUUUAGUUAUGUUUCUGUGGUGGCGAACAUAUUCGUGAAAAUAUUCAACCCCCCUGUCAUGUGUCCACGAGAAGUUUUCGCGAAGAUUGCGCGUGACUUUCAAAUGAUUUGUUUUUUAUUUUGAACCUAAAUGGUAUACGGGAGGAUUUUCCCUUCCUAAUGGGAGAAAUGUUGCCAAUUUUUGGAUUGGGACUAUUCUACAAUGAAGUACUCUUGGGUACUGUAAUCUAAAUACAUAUGGAAACGAAGAAGUUGCAUUUAUCAGACAGAGAAGCGGCGAGCCAUUAAAAUGGCGGCAAUUUGGUGGAAUAUCGAAGGACACAAUAUCGAAGGUAAAAUACACUGCACUGUUACAAAAGUGGAUGAAACCUUCUUUGAAAUCUUCUUCAGCCAUUUAUGAUUAUGUAAAAGUACAAUAAUUGGAUGAUAUUUGCGAGAUUCGGCGAUAAAAAGCAAACAAGACGGCAAAAUAUGGCUGAAAUCGUGUUUUCGUGGGGGUAAGUGAAAUAAAAUGUAUUAUAUUUAAAGAAAACAAUUACAAGCCUUAUGAAAUCAACAACAUUUAUAUUAAAUUAAUCAUAGUUUUUCACCCCAUGAUAAUUUUUUUAGGAAAUAAGAAUAUUUAAAUUCUGCCAGGCAUAUUAGUUAUUUUGUGCAUAAUCAGCAAUUUACCUGGGGUGGUGCAUAGUCUUUUCUGGUAAAAUAUUAUACUUAGACAAAUUUUUCCUUCCAAUAACCACCCCUAAAAGCAACCCUUCUAAACACUAUAAGCACUUCAGAAAGGCUAUCGCUUUUCCUUUUCUGAAGUUAGAGCUAUGUCGACACUGCCGUUUCAGGGCGGGGUCAUUUUCAGGACUUUCGCCCCGGAUUCAGGUUUUCGCACAUAUGCCAUGUUGACCGCCAUGGUCAUUUUACCCUAAAACAUUUGAGAUUACCUGUCCUAAAUGAAUCGCAUACAAACUCAUAUACAGGUCCUAGACUUGGGCAAUUCACAAAAUACGUGACGCUCGUGGGGGUAGGGGGUGUUUGAUCAGGAGUCACAUAGUGUCACAAGAGGGAGGAGGGGUAUCACAAGCGGUAUCACGUGACGGAGAGGCGUAUAUAGAGAAAAGUUUAAUAUCCCUGUCUAUAACAAAACAAGAUCGUGCUUGCAAAUAUGUGUUUCAAUGUUUUCUAUCAAAAUACUCCUUCUGACAUCGCCAUGGAAUACGGCACUCCCGUACGUUUAUUCAACAAACCAGCGAGAAACUGACUGGGAAACUGUUUAGGCUGAGGUUUAAUAAGGCAUUGAAAUAGUGUCGAUUUAUAGAUAACGUUUUGAAUCUGUUGUUGUGAGUCACGUAUUUUAUGAUGGGUGUGUACUGCUAGCUGUCACACACUGUUACAAGGGGGUAGGGAGGGGUAAAAAACUGGCAAAAACAGCGUCACGUAUUUUGCGAAUGGUCCCUACCAGAUAUACAAACUCCUUCAUGAUCAUGAUUUCUUUUGUGUUUUCUUCAUGAAUUAUUAAUGAAUUUUCACAAUUUUAUUUGUUUUACAGAUAUUCAGUAAUGUCAGAUUGCUGGAAGAACGAUCCUGGCGAACGUCCAAAUUUUGAAAAAUUAGUAAAAGUGAUGAAAACAUUAGCUUUAAUGAACAAACAUCAGGUGCGUUAACUCUACAAGCAAAAUGUAUAUUAUAUCUAUUGUUAUCAUAUCGAGUAAUCAUAUCGAUAUAUUUGUAUAGGAUCAUAUAAAUAUAACAAAGUAUGAUGGUGAGCUGUUCUCAAAACUGGAUGAUGUCCGAUGUUAAGUGCCAAUUCAACUGCGAAUCAGUGAAGGACAGCUCGAGAGUGGAUUCUGUCAUUGGCGACCACGCGUUAAUCAGGAUUUUUUAACUAAAAAUUCCAUUUUGACUCAUAAGGCAACAACCAUUACCAUGGUUUAUAUUAUCAACGAUUGAACAAGUAAACAUCGUAGCUAUACUUCAUUUUUUAAUCAGACUUUGAAGCUGUUCUUCAACCAAAGCUAUACAAUCUUUGGCAAAAACUAUGGGACAUAUGUGUAAUUUCAAACAAUUUGAAAGGCGUAGCGCCCUCCCCCCCCUCCCCCCCCCUCCCCCAGUUUGUUGGGCCGACAAAAAUCUGAUGUCUGGUUGCAAGACGACAACAUUGAAACGGGUGGGGGGAGGGAGGGUGGAAAGAAUGUAUGUAACAAGAAAUGGUAUAAACCGUAUAAUACAUCUGAAUGCAUGUGAAAACUAUAGAUUGUCCCAAGGUAUAUUGUCAAAGAAUGUAGACCUGUGAAAGCGGUUUAUAUAUCACGUACACAUAGAAGAAGCUGUGAUAAUAUAAACCUUUGAGCCUUUAUGUCUGAUUUUUUUAUUUUAUAUAAUUCUGUCUUGUUCAUAUUUUUUGAAUUGUUUAUUGACAGUUUAUGUUUUGUUCACUAACCUAUUCUUAUAACGUAUUAACGUGAGUAAAAGCUAGAUGUUUAAAUUGUUUAGGAAAACUAUUGUAGUCAUUGAGGUACAUAUACUGAUUCACCAUGCACGGUUUUUAAUUACACUAACAUAGUAACAUGUUUGCUUUGCUAACAAUUGUAACGUAGUGGAGUCCAUACACUCGCACAUACGAUAUAUAAACAUUAAUACUAUGUAUUUAAUUCAAGUAAAAUUGUGCAUAAACUUGCACAAUGGCCGACUGCAGGUCAUGGUAUAACUGAAACGAUAAAGCAAAAGUAUGACUGACAAAAGUUAUAAACUUUACACUUUGAUCGUUUAGGUAAAAUUAUACUUUUUGUUCAAAAAUGGUUUCUUGCAAACUCAUCAGUGUAGCUGUAGCCUGUAUAGACUAGUGAUAAAUAAAGAGAUAAAUAAAAUUAUUUUCAGAAAUUAAAAUUAAAUUUGUACUUCAUCGCAUUUGCUUAUAUAGGCAGCCCAGCAACUAUGUGUAUCACUUAAAAAUGCAUUAAACGUCUGACUUUGCUAUCACGCGAUUUAUUAUGUAGCUCAUUAUAUAUUAUGGAGAUUAAUAUAUAAUGUAUUUAAUUUCUUUAUUAACUUUACAAUCGUGUGAUUGAUGGUCAAAACAAUUCAACAACAGAACAUAAGUUCCUAAUGGAUGAUUCCAGCUAUAGACUAAAUUUUGAUCCAGACAAGAAGGGGGAAAUCUACUACUAUAGCUUAAAAGAACAUCCUUAAAUUAGUAAAAUAGCCAAAUUUGGUUGCAAAAUGUUGUAAAAUACGGAAAACAUAAGCAUAGUGAAAUUCGAAAAUAUUGAAUAUUUUAGUAUUAAACGCGGAAAAAUGCACCACUUUUGAGCCGAAAGUGGUGCAUUCUUCAACGCGUAAUACUAAAAUACUCAAUAAUUGCUAAUUUCACAGGGCUAUAAUUUUCGUAUUUUACAACAUUUCGAAACCAAAAUUUGCCAUUUUACUAAUUUUAGGAAUUAGGAUGCUCUUUUGAGCUAUAAUGAUAGAUUUCAUCUUUCUUGUCUAGAUAAAAAAUUAGACCAAAGAAUUACAUUAUUACAAAAAUAUUUACAUAUACAUAUUACAACAACACUUAAAGUGCCUCUAACACAAUUUUUUUUAUCGUCUAUAUCAAAUCUGGGCAUACUUUCUAGUGGUUUAGUGAAAACCAAACUGAAUUUGAUAAAAACGGUGACUUUUUAUGGCGGUUUGAAACAGCCCAAAUGGCGAUAUUUGCUGGCAUACUUCCGUGGUGGCAAGGGGGCUGGCGCGAGCAUGUUUUGUGACGUCACGCAAGGUAGUCGCGCACAUGCUUGUCGCAUUCACAAUACAUUUUAACUAGAUUUACAUACACGGCGUUUGCUAUUAAAAGCUUGCUUUUGAGAAUGGUUUUUAGUUGUGUUGGUGCAAAUUGUACGAACAAGGCGAGUCUGAAAGAUGGUAUUAGCCUUUAUACAAUACCUUAUUUCAACGAUGAGCGGCCUGAAGCUAAAAAGCGAAGAAAAAUUUGGGUUGACUUUGUGAAAGCCAAACGCGUAUUCGAGCCUUCGAAAAGUUCAACACUGUGCUCGGCUCAUUUCAAGCCUGAGGACUUCGAAAGACGGUUUCAUAUGUUGCCUGGGCAAACGAAACCAAAUUAUCAGAAGUUGAGAAUCGACGAAAUCGGGAUUUGUGUCUUUCCUACAAUACAGGCAGCACCGAAAGUUUCGGCGAAACAGGAACAGUCGGACGUAUUGAGUGCUAGGAGUAAAAGGAUGGUAAGUCCAUAUUUUGUUGAUGCCAUAUAUUUACGCACGUUUCCCUUUGUAUAAUGAACAUUCAUUUAUGUUUAGACUUUUCGUUCGAGGAGUAUUAGUGGUGUUCCGCCAAACAAAUCUGCUUGGCGAGAUUGGUUUAAAUAUCUUUGUGUAUGAAUGUGAUAUAAAUUUCUUGGCGGAAAUCCGCGCCAAAUUGCGCCAAACACAAUGCGCUAAAAUAUAUCGCAUUUGCCAAAUACUCUACGUCUACGACGAACAUGCACGAAUUAGAAUCACAUUAGGCAGCUUUGCUACCGAUUUGUUAGCGACGAAAAUAUUAGAGGAUACGCAUUAUAAAUAUCAAUACAUGCGGAAAAGAUUCAAAUUUACAUAUUCCUCACAUCCUAUCAACAGUGUUAGCGUUGGGGUAUUCUAAAUGACAUAUAUUGCUUUCCUAACGGAAUAUAAAGUAAUAUACAGUAUGCAAUGUAAUCUACAUCUCGAAAAGUGUAUCACUUGAACACAAAACUUUCAAUAUCUGAUAAAAUGUUUGAUAUUACUAAUUACAGGUGAUGAGAAAUGUUCACGAAGCCCCAGACCAGAGUCUACAAGCAAAUGCCAAACCAACACCACCAGCAAAGCGAAAACUGUUGCCUACACCUCCAAACGAAGGACGAAAAAAACAGAGGCAAGAACUUCCAGAGCCUGAAACACCCGAAGGAAGUCAAACAAGCGAUAUUGACAAUGUAGGGUCUAAGAUUGAUAUUGCAUUCACUGAGUCAUUCAUUUUCAUGAAGGAAUACUCUUUUACAAUAUUUCUUUGCAAAAUAUUUCUUUAGGUAAUAGCAAUGGCAGACAGCGAUACAUCAUUAAUAGGAAUGAGCACCCCGAGGAAUGACCUAGAGAAGUUGGCCGAAAAGAACCGUAGACUUAAAAAUCAAGUGAUAAGCCUGCAAGCCAGUGUGAAGGAAAAAAACAAUAAAUUGAGGCAAAUGAAACGAAAAGGUAAAAAAUAACAUUUGUAUUCUACGUAACUUGUAACUCUGUAUAGACCAGUGCUUUUGGCUACAGGAUUAGUGAAAUUCAGAUUUCUUUCUCUGUUGUGUAGUCAUCAACGAGGUCACCAAGCUGAGACAACAUGUUCAUCACCAACCAAAUGACCAGGAAUCAAUGGAAGAUGUAAGUGAGGAAUCUGAGAAUGAGACAGUUGAAGAAAAUGAUCAUGAGGACACGACUGACCCACAUUAUGAGAUGGAAGAUGAUGGUGGACAUGGAGACUCCGAGCUUGAUGAAUCAGAUGACGAAUCAGA